GAGGGAAGGAGGCAGAGCGGCGUCCCCACGUCGCCUCCAUCGCCUUUUCCCCGCCGUGCUGGCCACGCUGGCCACCCCCGGGCUGGAUGCUGCUGGGGCAGCGGCGAGCCGAGGCGCUGCGAGGCUCCCGGCUGCAGAUGUCCUGUGCUAGCCUGUGCCCACCCAGGAGGUCCUGCCCGCCUUAGCCAGCGUCCUGCCAGCGAUGGCCUCAACGCCCCAGUGAGGCGCAGAAGGACGAGGAGCCAGUGUCCCCAGCACUGCCACGUCCCCUGGGAGAGCCAUGGAGGCCCCUCUGGACGUGCCCGUGGGGAACCUCAUUGACUUUGACAGCGAAACACCCGCCUGUGAGCGCUCAGAGCCCGCUCCUCCCGCCGCUCCCAGCGACAGCGGCCACCUCGGGGACACGGGGGAGGUGGCAGCGGAGGAGAGCGAUGCCACCGAGUCAGCAGACAGCGAGAAUGACAUGGGGGACUCUCCCCAGCACUGGGGUGGCUACCGCCGCUCCUCCUCCAACGAGUCCUUCUCCUCCAGCCACAGCACGGAGUCGGCGCGGGACGAGGCCGCGGCCGAGCGCCGGGAGUUCAUGCGGAGUUACGUGGAGAAGAUCUUCACCGGGGGAGAGGAUUUGGAGCAAGAGGAGAAGGCCAGGUUUGGGGAGCUGUGCAGCAGCGAGAACGGGAAGGGCAGGGAGUGGUUUGCGAGAUACGUCAGCGCCCAGCGCUGCAACUCCAGGUGUGUCUCGGAGCAGACCUUCUACCGCCUGAUGCAGUCCUUCGCCCUGGUGCUCUUUGAGUGUCACCAGAUGGACGAUUUCAGCCCAGCCAAGAACCUCAUGACCAUGUGUUUCACCUAUUACUACAUAGGGAAACCUCAGGCCCUGCCCUCGGAGGCCAAGGAGAAGCCCACGGGCAGCAUCGACUCCUACCUGAAGUCAGCCAACACCUGGCUGGCCGAGAAGAAGGACAUUGCAGAGAGGCUGCUGAAAAACACCUCGGCCAAGACAGAGAACGUCAAGGGCUUCUUUGGAGGCCUGGAGACCAAACUGAAGGGUCCUGCCAGCAGAAAGAGCGACGAAGGUGAAGACAAACCAAAGGAGAAGCUGAAGAAGACAGUGUCCCUGCAGAGCCCAGAGGAGGAGAAGAAAGGGGAGAAGAUCUACCUGUACAUGCACCUCAAGCAGCAGCCCAUCUGGCACAACCUCCGCUUCUGGAACGCCGCCUUCUUCGACGCCGUGCACUGCGAGCGCAGGAAGAGGUCCCCCACCACCAGAGGGAACCCUGGGGAGGAAGAGGAGAAGAGGGAGAAGUGGUGCCACAUGACGCAGGAGGAGCGCGACGACAGCCUGCGCUUCAACGAGAACAUCACCUUCGGGCAGCUGGGCACCUUCAUCCACAACAUGCUGGCCUUUGGCCUCAACAAGAAGCUCUGCAGUGACUUCCUGAAGAAGCAGGCGACCAUCGGCAACUUGGAUGAAGAGCAAUACAAGCUGCUCAGUGACCACAUCGAGCAGAUGGCCACGGAGUAGCCGCCCGGCCGGCACGCGGCGGCGGAGAGACGGCGGCUGGGCAGGUGGGGAGGGGAGAGGAACCCACCUCCGGGGCUACCUGAGACUGAAGCUGGGCUACCUGCGAACCAAACCGCACCCACGAGCUGCAAUAAAACCUGCAUGAGCGCCCAUCAAACUCCAGAGCUGCCCCCAGGGCAGCCUGUAGCCAUAGGAGCCAACCAGCCCCCCGCCCUCGCCAGACCCUCCCGCCUCUGUUGUCGGAGUAGACAGUCCCAAAAGUGAAUCGGGUGGGUUAAAAAGCAAAACAAAACACCAAGGGGAAAGCAGGAGGAGCGUGGCUGUGCAGCCCCCAGGUGCUGUGGCUGCAGCCCCUCCACGAUGAGGUCUCUGGUGGUAAAGCCAGAGGGAUCCAAGGCUGCCUUUCCCUGCUGGAGUGCCCUCGCUGAUGCUGGAGCUGCACCAGGGAUGAAGGAGGUGAUGGCAAGGAGCAGAGCCAGGAGCUGGGGCUGCACCCAGCCGCCACUCAGGUUCUGUGGUGUCUCCAGGGGUGUCACCGCUGCCUGGGGACAUGGGCAGAGGACAGAGGUGGGGCUGGCAAACUGCUGCUGCCACCCUCCUUGGGAGCUGGAGGGAAAUCCUUGCCUUGGGAAGCCUUCGCUGUGCUGCCCGUGUGGGUUUGUACCUCGGGGCAAAGGGACAGCAGUUUGCUCCAUGUCAUUAGCCUGGAUCAGUAGGAACAAAGCCAUGGCCUUGGGCAGGAUUGCAGGCAGAGGCAGAGGAGCUCUGCUUGGCUCGGGAGGAGAUGACAAAAGACCUCAUCCCUCUCCCUGCUGCCCUGCCAGUGUCGGGAUGCUGCUGGAUUGUGACAUUUCCCAAAGCCUCCUGGCGUCCUGUGGCAGCAGAUUAAUUGUCCUCCUUUCCCAGGCUGCUCCUCUCUGCCCCCUCCUGCUCCAGCUGCUCAUCCAUCAAACCUGAAAUAACCCUGUGGAAAGGACAUCUCCUGCUCUGCUCCAGGGGCAGCAGCUCUGUUUUAUCCCUUGGACCUCGGCAGGGUGGUUGAGAGAGGCUGGGGACACGGGGACAUUGCUGGGGACAUCGCUGGGGACACAGGGACAUUGCUGGGGACAGGGGGACAUCACUGGGGACACCUCUGGGGACAUCACUGGGGACACAGGGACAUUGCUGGGGACAGGGGGACAUCACUGGGGACACAGGGACAUUGCUGGGGACACCACUGCUCCCCUCUGCAAGCAGCAGCCCACAGGGGCAGAACCCCCCCAGCCCAAGGUCCAACAGAGUCUAACCCCAAAAAAAUCACCCCGAAACACCCGAGCCCAGGUUUCAAUCAAUCCAUUUUCCCUGUGCUGCCAGCUGUAUCCCACAGGAAACAGCAGAAAAGGAUAUUUUUUCCAUGCAGCUCUUGGCUUCUGGUGUCAUUUCCAAGCAUCAAAGUGAUGCUUUUACCUAAGCUGGGCUUCCCUUGCUGCUGGGGAUGGGAUCCACGCUGGCUUUUGUAGGAAGGACAAAUCCAGCACCAAUUUCUCCUUGGCCAUUCCCAAACCUGGGCAGAGUUAUUGGAGAAGGGGUUUUUUUUUGGGAUGAUGUUGGUCCCUCAUCCCAAUAAACACCUUCCUGCUGGAUAAAAUGUGCUGCACCAUGAGUAGCUCAGCAUCCUGGAGCAUCCUGGAGCAUCCCAUCCCCAUGGCCUUCCCUGUCUCUGUCUCCACUCAGGUCUUUCCCAAAUCCUCCUUCAUUUCUUUAUUAUUAAUAUUAUUUUUCCAACAUGAAAUGUUCAGCGCUGGAGUAUAUAUAUUAUUUGCAUGUGUAUUUUUCUAUAAAAACAAUUAAAAUCCAAUAAAAAAUAGCCAUAAACCCUCCUCGACCGGGAACGUGUGAAGGAUGAGAUGUGAGAGAGAGAGACUGGAAUAAAUUAUCUUAGAAAUU